AUGAUUGAGUAUGUAGUAAAUAAGCGUCGACAGCGUAAAGGUAGUAUUAUUGGUCGGUUAAGUGAAGAGUCAAUAAACAAUUGGACAGAUUCAUUUGCAUUUCGUGCUAUUACUGCGUUUACCUUACAUGACAUAUGUGAACUAGAGACUGAUAAUAAUUCUAUGAAUUCACAUACAGAAUGUCUACCAAAUAGACAGGAUCUAGAUGAUGAUGAUUUAUUUAUGAUAUUGAAAAAUCUUCGUCAAGAAAAUCUUUUUACUUUAACUAAUGUUGAAUUUCGUAAAGUACGAUCGGGUCUUGUAAUCCAUGAUGAUAUCAUUUCAAACAUUACAUCAUUGUAUGAAGGCGGUGAAAAAGCUUUGACCACAUUUAUAAAUGAGCGACUUCUUAAGAAAGUAGUUCCGGUUGACGCUGCUCUAAAGACAAUCAGAUUGUUGAAGCUUGCACAAGCCGAUACAUAUUUACCUCAAAAUUCCUCUCAGAAGAAGACUGAAUCUUCAAAUUCUGCACAUGUUAAAGAUUUCAACAAUUUAGCUAAAAUGGCUGACGGCGAAAUCAGCAGAAUAAUGAUUAUUGCUGAACAACGCAACAUCAAAACACUUUCGCAAUUAUUUGCAUCAGUACCAUUUUCUCUUUGCGACACAGUCAAUAGAAAUGCAAUCGUCAUUAGUGGCAGUUGUCCAUCAGAAACAAAAUCUCAAUCAAAUAUACAAACUGUACAAGAAUAUGCCAUUCAAUUACUCGACAAAAAUAUUCGAAAUCUAUUGACGAGGCAUCAUCGUGCCGAUGUUGUUUUUGAUUCUGCAGAAAGUGAUGAUAAAUUACAAUAUUCAUUUUCAAAUUUUUUUCAAGCAAAUCGAGCAACGCUUGCUGCUUGUAUGAAAGAAUGUUGGAUGAGAUUAAAAUCGAUUGAUCUUUUGCCUAAGGGCCUGUUUCUAGUGGUUGGUGAUUCUGAUGAGGAAACAAUUAAAUUACAAAAAGGAUAUGCACCGACUACAGAUUAUACCGUUGAAUCAACGCAAACGGAAGCUACUAGACAUCUAAUAUUACAUAUAAAUGCGAUUAUUCUAGAUCAAGAGCAGAAGAGUGUACUCAUUGAAUCACACGAGUAA